AUGACGUUAGAUAAUUUGGAGUCACACAGUCCACAAUGUCAGUUCUUCGUAUUGAGAAAAAAACGAUUAUGCCGUAUGACCGUGCGUCCUGGACACAGUUAUUGUGGAGAGCACCAGCCUGAUCCGGGCGCCGACGGAAACAAUGUAGAUAGUCGAAUACCUUGCCCCAACGACCCUAAACAUACCUGCUUUGCAAGUAAGCUAGCUAAGCAUCUCACAAUAUGUAACGCCCGUCUGGAAGAACAUCCAGCAUACAUCCAGAAAAAUGUUAAUACAAUAACUGAGGACAGUCCUCCUAAAAAGUCUCUCACUGAGAUCCCUCUAUUGGAGCUGAGAGCACUAACUAAAAAGGUUAACCAGUUAUUUGAGCAAUAUGUACAAAAUGAAAUAGAAACCCUCACUGACAGAGACAUACAUCCAGUAGUAGUGGAGGAAUUCGCUUUAAGUGGGCGAACAGAGAGCUCCCUCCGCCAUUUGAGACAGGUAUCCAGGCUAAUGUAUGUUAUUGAGGAAGAAGAAAUGGUACAAGAAAGUACUUGCUAUGUGGAACUGGGAGCUGGGAAAGGUCAACUUUCAUAUUUUGCAUGGCAGGCUUGGUGUGCUACUUCGAAGAAUAGUCGGGUCUUGUGUGUAGAAAGAGCCUCACUCAGACAUAAGCAUGAUAACAAAAUUCGUAAUAUAUUGCGAGAAUCAAAUCCAAAAUCUACCAAUUCUGCCCAAGCCAAUGAUGGUAACAUAUCCAUUAUGGAUGAAUCAACCCGACUACGAGCAGACCUUGCUCACCUCUUAUUACAUGCUGUGCCUUCCGUUGAAAUAUGCAAAAAUGUUGUGGGUUUUGCUAAACAUUUGUGUGGAGUUGCCACAGAUUACUCUUUGAGAUGCUUGGUAUCACCUGGAGUGAUAAGUAAGACUCAGGGGAUUUUAAUUGCAACCUGCUGUCAUCAUCGAUGCCAGAGAGAUGGUUAUGUGGCAAAUGAGCAUCUUUUGGAUCUGGGCUUAAAUGCAGAGGAGUUUAACAUAAUUUUGGGUGUGGUAUCAUGGGCGACCUGCGGAGAUGGACGCAGCCGCAGUAAGAAAACAGAACCUAAGGAAACAAGCUCCGAUCGUUCACCAGAUACGACUACAACCGUCGGAUCUAAGGGUCUUGGGUUAUCUCGUGAAGAACGUGAAGAGAUAGGGCGACGCGCAAAAGCCUUGCUGGACUGGGGUCGAGUGCUUUAUCUUCGAAAGUGCGGAUUCAGUGCUCAUCUUGCCCAUUAUGUCCCUAACACUGUGUCACUUGAAAACAUUUGUAUCAUAGCCAAACGAGAGACUCCAUAA